GCCGAUGUGUGGCCGGCCGCCGUCCGGAGGCUGCCGUUACCAGGCGCCGUCGGCCGAUGUCUGAAUGCUGGGCAUCCUGCACGCUGAGUCGGGCCCGUGGACCAGGAUGGACCCCGCCGCCGGCUCGCUGCGCUCGGUCGCCUCCAAGAGCCGCUCCAACGGCAAGCUGCCGCAGCACUCGCUCUCCAGGCAGAUGAACCACAGCCGCCUGGAGGAGUCGUUCGAGGCCCCCGGCACGCCCGUCUCCACCGUGGUCAACAUGUUCUCGUCGGAGGCGGCGCACACGCCCGCCGGGCAGGACGUGAUCGAGGUCCAGAUCCUGCCGCAGGACAACUGGGCCGACAACACCACCGCCGUCACCGGCAACACGUCCGACGUGUCCACCUCGCUCGACGACUUCGGCCGCUUCUACCGCGACCCGGAGCACACGCUCAGCUUCCAGUGCCAGCGCUACCUGGGCACCACGCUGGCCGGUGUCAUCAGCCUCUUCGCCUUCCUCUCGCCCGUCGCCAUGGUCAUCAUCCCCAAGACGAGCCUGCUGGGGCUGAAGCAGGCGCAGCUGCAAUGCGGCGCCGAGUGUGACGGCACGCUCAUCUCCUUCGCCUUCAAGCUGGUGAUCCUGCUGGGCGGCACGUGGGCGCUGUUCCUGCGGCCGCCGCGGGCCACCAUGCCCCGCAUCUUCACCUUCCGCGCCGUCGUGCUCGUGCUCGUGUUCGUCUUCACGUUCAGCUACUGGCUCUUCUUCUUCGUGCGCGUUCUGGAGGAGCGCGCCGAGAUCCGCUACUACACGAUCGUGGUGUUCGCGGGCAGCCUGGUGGACGCGCUGCUGUGGAUCCACUACCUGGCGGUGCUGCUGCUGGAACUGCGGCACGCGCAGCCCCAGUACGCCGUGCGCGUGGUGCGCAGCCCCGACGGCCAGUCGCGCCUCUACCCGCUCGGCCGGCUGAGCAUCCAGCGCGCGGCGGUGCACAUCCUGGAGCGGUACUACACCGACUUCCCCGUGUACAACCCCUACCUGGAGCGGCUGCCGACCAAGGCGUCCCGCAAACCCAGCGUCACCAGCUACAAGUACUACGACGUCGACGGCUCGACGGCGGGCUCAGCGCUGCAGUCGCCGUCGCGGAUCAUCCCGGCCAACCGGCGUAAGGACGCCUCUCAUAACGAACGCUUCUACGAGGAGCACGAGUACGAGCGGCGGGUGAAGAAGCGCCGCUCCCGUCUGGUGACGGCCGCCGAGGAGGCCUUCACCCACAUCCGCCGGCUCAAGGAGCAGCAGGGUCCAGCCAUCCCGAUGGACUCUCACGAGGCGGCGCAGGCCAUCUUCCCGACGAUGGCGCGGCCGCUGCAGAAGUACCUGCGCGUCACGCGCCAGCAGCCGCGCCACACCAUGGAGGCGAUCCUGGCGCACCUGGCGCAGUGCCUGGCGCACGACAUGUCGCCGCGCGCCUUCCUCGAGCGCUACUUGUCGCCGGCGCCGGUGCUGCAGAGCGAGCGCGAGGCGCGGGCGGUGCAGAGCUGGGCGCUGGUGUGCGACACGCUGCUCUCGCGGCCCGCCGCCGAAGGCGUGCUCUUCCAGCUGCGCCAGCACGACGUGUCGCUCCUGUGUUCGGUGGUCAAGCUGCCGCACUUCAACAUCACCGAGGAGAUCAUAGACCCCAAGAGCAACAAGUUCGUGCUGCGCCUGAGCAGCGAGACUUCGGUGUAGUGAAGUGGGGGAGGAGGGACGGCGGGGCUUUAUGUGUUGUGGCGCAGUCACGUGCUCAUCUAUUUAUGUGAUGCCUGCUGGGUGUGCAGUUUGUUUCCGUCGUAUGUGCGAGAGAUGUUCGGACGCGACUGGAAGCGUGACGCAAGGUGGCACGUCUGUUGUGUGCGCUUGUCUCUCCGCCGAUCGCCGCGAGCGCGUUGAACAUGGCGCAAGUCUCAUCGCAGUCUGCCACCACAUAUCAUUCGGAGGCGUCUUUGUCCGCCGGGUUUGCCCGUAUGCUGUCUCAUCGGUCAAGUCGAGGAUAUCUGCAGCGAACAGUACCGACGGUGGUGUGUCGCAGAAAGUCAGCGUUGCACGAUGCAAUCGGGCCAGCACACCUUCCCUGAUCUCUGCAAGAUAUCGGGCGCCACCACUGCCAGACUUCCGGCGCCAGGCGGCCCUCUGGAGGCGACAGAUCGCCCCCCCCCCCGCGGAUCGC